AUGCAUAAAUUUGCUGUCUUUCUCCUAAUUACCUUUCAUUUAGUCCUCUCAGUUGAGGGAAGACUGCUAAAAUCAUUGAGCAAAAAUGAUUCAAAGCAAGUAUUGCCACCCCCUACACCUACUAAAACCUCAGACUCCGUUGAAGGGUACGAAGAGGAUUUUAGACCCACUACACCCGGGAAUAGCCCUGGUGCUGGACAUUCAUUUGCAGGAGAUGAUGAAGCUAUUGUAGAACAAAAACCCGGCAAGCAUUCGAUUGAAGGAGAUAAAGAUGAUUUUCGACCCACCACACCAGGGAACAGCCCUGGUGCUGGACAUGCUUUCCAAGAAGAUGAUGAAGAUAUUGAAAGAAAAGCAGGAAGCUUUAGCAUGCAGGGCAAUGGUAAGCAUUCAAUUGCAGGAGCUAAAAAAGAUUUCCGACCCACCAACCCUGGACACAGCCCUGGUGUUGGUCAUGUUUACCCAAGCCAAAAUUCUGAACCAAAUGCAUAAAACAUGCAUGUAAAUGCCCCCCACAAGCAACGAUGAAUGGGUCAUAGAUUAAGA